CAGCAGCAACAGGCUCGAGCAGUGUGGAGUGAGGGAGGCGCUCAUAUCAUACCACAUCACUCCAACCCUGGAACCGCUCUCAGGAACCGUUUUUACUCCAAACAGGAGCGAUGAACAAGGCUGGAGUUGUCUUGCACGGUUUAUAAAGGUUUUUUUUUUUUUGCACAUUGCUGCUCUUCAGGAGUUUCUCAGUGCACGAGCCUCUUGCUGUAACAAGCUUCCCCAAACUUUGGAGGGGAGCAAAAGAGAGAGCAGUGGCCAAAGAGGAAGAAAGAGCUGUGCUGAGGAAGUGAGGGAGAGGGUGAUAAAGAGAAAGCGUUACUGGAAGAGAGAUGGAGUCGCUAUCAGCCGAGUCAGCUACUGUGGAUGAGCUGGUGGAAGCAUGCAUCAAUGCUUUUGAUGACACGGGGAAAUUGAAGGACUUGUCAUUGGUGCGGAUGUUUUUGAUGAUGCACCCCUGGUACCUGCCAUCCAUAGAGCUGGCUAAGAAACUCCUGCUCAAGUCUCAGGAGGAAAGCUGCACUGCCGAACUCAGGAGCCGAAUCUGCCACCUAGUCAAGUUCUGGAUCUCAGAGUUUCCUGUCGAGUUUAAUCUUAAUCCGGCUUUGGCUGAACAGAUUCGAGAUCUGAGGGAUCAGCUCAACACGGAGGGCAAUGAGCAGGAGAGUCAGCUCAUCGAUGUUGAGAGUGUCCCCUCAUAUAAGUGGAAGCGCCAGGUGACCCAGCGUGUGCCAUCCAUGUCAAAAAAGAGGAAAAUGUCCCUCCUGUUCGAACACUUGGAUGCCUCUGAACUGGCAGAACAUUUUACCUACCUGGAAUAUAAGUCCUUUUGCAAGAUUCUGUUCCAGGACUAUCACAGCUUCGUAAGACACGGCUGCACGGUGGAUAACCCCAUCCUGGAGCGCUUCAUCAUGCUUUUCAACAGUGUCUCCCAGUGGAUCCAGCUUAUGGUGCUCAGCAAGCCCAUAGCCCAGCAACGCGCUGCUGUCAUAACAUACUUUGUACAAGUUGCACAGAAACUGUUGCAGCUGCAGAACUUCAACACCCUCAUGGCGGUGGUUGGAGGCCUCAGUAACAGCUCCAUCUCCAGGCUUAAAGACACACAAAACCACAUCAGUAAUGAUACCAACAAGAUCUUUAACACUCUGCUGGAUCUGGUGACAUCAUGUGGGAACUACAGUCAGUACCGGCGGCGCUUUUCGGAUUGUUCAGGUUUCCGCUUCCCAAUCCUGGGCGUUCAUCUGAAGGAUCUGAUCGCUGUACAUGUGGCUCUGCCAGAUUGGACUGAUGAUGAGAAAACACGUGUUAAUCUGACCAAAACCCAACAGCUCUACUACAUACUGCAUGAGCUGGCACUGGUCCAGACAAUGCCACCCAACAUAGACGCCAACACCGACCUGCUUAACCUUCUCACGGUAUCACUGGACCAGUAUCAUACAGAAGAUGAGAUAUACCAGCUCUCACUGCAAAGGGAACCUCGAAGUUCCAAACCUGCUAAUUCAAACCCCACCCCCAACCUAGCAACUAAGCGACUAUCGAUGGUUGAUGAGUGGGCGGCAUCAGUGAAGCCUAAAGCAGAUCCUGCUGUCAUCACCAAACACAUUGAAAAGAUGGUUGAGUCUGUCUUCAAAAAUUUCGACACAGAUGGAGACGGCUAUAUUUCCCGUGAGGAGUUUGAGAGCAUCCGGAAUAAUUUCCCCUAUCUCAGCAAAUUUGGAGAGCUGGAUACAAACCAAGAUGGUAAGAUCAGCAGGGAGGAGAUGAUAGAUUAUUUUAUGAAGGCCAGUUCACUGCUGAACUGUAAGAUGGGCUUCAUUCACACGUUCACAGAGACCACUUAUGUUAAACCCACCUUCUGUGAGCACUGCGCCGGAUUUAUAUGGGGUUUUUAUAAACAAGGCUACAAGUGCAAAGUGUGUGGUGUGAACUGUCAUAAGGCGUGUCGCUCGCGGUUGGCGGUGGAAUGUCGCAAGCGAGCAAAGAGCAUCAGUCACGAAACUCCGCCUACCCUUCAGGCUCGCUCGUACAGCUUUCCACCUCCAUCAAACUCUCACACAAAUCUCCAGAAUACAGUGAUUGCAGAGGAAGACACAGAGGCACUGAGCGAAGCAGUGUUUGAAGCCCAUCUAUAAUUCAGGUAACCUAGCAGAAGAAAGAUUAACACUGGAAAGUCAUCCAGCCUUCCUCUCACCACAGCUCAACUCCUCUAAACAGAAAAAAGGCUGAAGUAGAUGAGUAUAAAAGACGCUCCUACCGUCACCUCCACCUCUACGGGUCUGUUAGUAGCCCUAACCGGACGUCAGUCAUCAUGCGAUUUUACUCCUCAUCAUAGUACUCGAUUUUAAACAUCAUCUCUGAUCAUGACCAGGCACACGCGCAACACCAAGACCGAGACGUCAGCAUGCUUCCAUCUUGUGGAUGAGAGCUGCAAGUGCAAAGCAGAUUAAGCACUUGUUCCUCUCCUAAGUUUUUUUAAUAUCAUCUUGAAUAUAUAUAUUUGUCAAUAGCGUUAGUGUUUUUAUAUUUCCAGUUUAAAAGUAAUCUUUUAGUGAUUCGUGAGACUGAAAAGAGAGAAAAAUUGUUAAGAUUAAAUAAAAAAAAUAAAAAAGUGAAACAUAUGUUACACUUUCUAUGAAGGUUAUAUUACACAUUCAUGUCAUGCUAUAAUGCAUUCAUAAGGCAGUAUAGACAUCAUAAUAAUAAUUUAUGAGCACGUUAUACUUUAUUAGUUUUCACAUUAUAACAAACACUAAUACAAAAAUCCAAGCCCAUGUUUGUAUGGUGCAUCACGAGAAUUACAUUUUUGGGAAUAUGUCUAUAAUUAAACAUAAUUUACUGUGGUGCUGAAGUUCUUUGUUAUUGGUGACUUAUUGUGUAUAAGCAUAAGCUUGUAAUGCAUUCUGACUCCAUUAAAGCAAUAUGUAGAGUAUAAGCCCUUAUAAUGCAUUAUGACAUGACUGUUACAGCGAUUGUGGAAAGUGUUACCUAACUAUACAAAGAGUAAAUUGGUUAACACCUUUUAUGAAGCCCGUAUUCCUGAAUACUCAUUAUGAGUACUUAGAAUUCUGUAUAAGCAUUUUAAUUAAGUGUAAUAAUGCCACAAAUGGUUUUACUAACAUGCUGUGACUAUUUACUUGAUAAUCAUGUUAAUGACAGUGUCAUUAUUUGUUAUAAUACCCUGUGGAAAUAAAUUUUAUUAAUUGUUAAAAAAAAAUUAAAAUGAGGAAAAAAUUACAUUUGGAGUAAUUUUAUUGAAAAUUUAUAGAAAUUUCAAAUUUAUAGUCAAAUUUCUAUUUGUUUUCAGAGUUCAUUCCCUGUUACCUUUCUAAUCCUUGGUUUUGAAAAAGUUUAUUGAUUAUUUAAAAAUAAAACAAACACAAUUUGUUAUUGUUUGUGUUGAUAUUCUAGCAUUACAUAAAAAUGUAUCAAGCAGUUACUUAUUAGAGCUUUAUAACAUGCUUAUAAGCAACCAAUCCAUAAAGAACGAUAAUCCCAUUUCUAAUGAUUUAUCAUCAAGGCUUCAUAGGAGGUUUUGCUGAAAUAAUGCAUUCCUUUACUCUAAAGGUGCUGAUAUUAUCAAUGUUACGCCAGCUUGUGUUGUCGUUGUGAGUCGUUCGACUUUGACUGCAAUAUAUUUCGUGCUAAAACAAUAUGAAUAAUUGUACAGUUUAAAGCAUGUGGAAAAAAAAACUGUCCUUUUUUCCCCUCUCUCCUUUUUAUUUCUUAUUUUUUGAAUGACCUUUCGUAUGGAUAUUUUUUACGUUUAUCUUGAGAUCUGUUGGUUUUUAAAUGUGUUUGUAAGUCAUGAGAUACAGAACAUCUUCAUUCUCAGAACGCUUCCAUUAACUGAACCAUGAAUGUAGACAAUCCAGUUGAUUUAGUGGGGGAUAAAAAAAUGCUUCUUUAAAUUUGGGUAUGAUUUUUAUUUUUAUUUUUUAUUUUUUUUUUUUGUCCUUGCUGUUGUAUUCUGGUUGAACUGCCAAUAUGCUAAAUACUGUAUGUUUACCUGUUUUGUGUUUUAACAUUUUUUAGCAUGCACUAUGAACAUUUUAUAAUACUCUAUGCUUGUGUAUAUAUAAAGAGAGUGUGAGAGCUAAAGAGAAAGAGAGAGAGAGAGAAAGAGAGAGAGAGCAAGAGAGAGUAUAGUUAUCUUGCUUUCUAAUAUUCUGAUGUUUCUUGGUGCUGUGUGUUAUCAUGGUAAUUUAUGAUCCUAUUAUUGUACAAGUCUAGUCAGAUGUUUUACAGUCUCUCAAUAGGCAAGACUUCCAUAUAAAAAUGAAGUACAGUAUAAGGUUAUUAAUGUCUGCCUGCUGCCUGUCACUUCUUUCUCUCUCUUCCAUUGUUCACUCUAUUUGUGCACACUUGACUCGACACAGGUAAAAUUAAACCUGCAUGUCCACCUACA